ACGUUGAGCGCAUAAUCAGCUGCCUUUUCUGGACGGACAUGGACGUGAACGCGAACGGCCGCGUCUCCGUGAACGAGGUGGGGCGCUGUCUACGUCAGCAGGGCCUUCAGGUGUCCAACUUCGCCAUCCUAAGGAUCGUCUCGGACGGACAGACACCUGAAUGCGAGAUGGACCACGACACCUUUGUUGCCGUGAAGGACAAACUUCUUAUCGAACUCGCAAAUCAGACUCCACUGAAACCAGAAGAGAGAUUGAGAAAAUACAAAGCCCACUACCUAGACCUAUGGCGGGAACACUCAGGCUCCAAGGACGAGACGGGCGAGAUACCGGUGUCCGAACUGACCAGUGUCGUUUUCUCCGAGUGCAAUCCUACACAGGAGCUGCUCGAUGCCUUAAAGGAACUGAAAAGUGACGGCAGCGAAAGUUUAAACUUUGAAGAAUUCUGCGAAAUGUUAGAGAAUCUGCCCCGUUCUGGUAUGAUUGACGAAUCAGCACUAUUAAAGGCUUUUCAAAUGGAAGACGUGGACGGAAGCGGCUACAUCUCGCGCACACAGCUCUACCAGCUGCUCAUAGAGAACGGAAGUGACCCGCUCUCCAAGGAAGACGUCGACGAAAUGAUGGAAGAUUGCGGCGUUGGUGACAGGUUCAAGUAUUCGGAUUGGGUUCAACGAGUGAUAACUAUUAAAAGUCAGUCAGAAAAGUAACCACAGACGGGGCAGCAACUCCAAAACACUUCAACAUGUUAUAUAAACAUAAAGCCAGUGAACAUCAUUGUUUGGAACGUUAUUUAUUAUUUGCUUAUACUAUGUAACUUUUGAAUAAAAAGCUACACCUUC